CACCUGGAGGGCCGGGCUGGGCUGGGCCGGGCUGGGCCGAGGGACCGGCGGGAGAUCUUUGAAAUACCACCGAGACUUGGUCACCAGGGGUGGAUUGCUGAGGAAACGGCUCUGCCCUCUGCACUCAGGAUAUGUAUGGCUGAGGGGCUCAGCCCCUUCCCUGGCUGCAGGGCAGCGCUGUUCUUCCCACCAUGUGACCUGGCACACCUGCACAGCAAAUAGCUCCUUUUUUUCAAAGAAUGAGCACAUGCCGAUGGUGCACACAGAGUGGUGCUGACACCACCGAGUUCCUGAAGCACUAUGCUGCUCACAGGCUUUCCCAGGAAGAUUUUGAAGGAUCCAAUGAUGACCUCUCUUACUGCCUGGAGUGUGUGGUUGAAUAUCACAAAGCAAGGGAAGAAUGUCCAAGACUGCAUGAGGACUUGUGGGACUUGGAAACUUCUCGCCUCAUUGCCCACAUGGAGAAAUCCAUGAAUGAAGAAACAGGAGAAGAUGAUGAGUUGUUUCUGAUUGAUGAGCAUGGGGAGACACGUCUGUCUGGUUAUGUGGGCCCAAAUUUUGAGAACAACCUGCGAGUGCCCCUGCUGGAAAUACUGAAAUACCCAUAUCUGCUGCUGCACAAGAAAGUCAGUGAGCUGUGUGUAGAAGUGCUCUGUAGAAUGGAACUAAGUCACGACUCCUUUCAGGUCUUUGAGAAAUACCCGGGAAUUUAUCUCUUUUUGGUACACCCACAUGAGGUGAUUCGUCGGUGGGCCAUCCUAACAGCAAGGAAUUUAGGAAAGGUUGACAGGGAUGAUUACUACGACCUAGAGGAAGUGUUGACUUGUUUGUUCAAAGUUAUUGAGUUGGGGCUUUUUGAGAAUCCAGAUAUUUACAGCUCUUCAAUGUUUGAAAAGGGUAAACUCAUCCUUCUGCCAGCUCAUUUGUAUGAUACAGCCAACUACAAAAACUAUUGGCUGGGAAUUUGCAUGUUGCUGUCAGUGCUGGAAGAACAAGCUAUGGACUCUUUAUUACUGGGCCCAGACAAACAAAAUGAUUUUAUGCAGUCUAUACUUCACACUAUGGAGAAAGAAGCAGCUGAUGAUUCCACUGACCCGUUUUGGCCUGCCCUGCACUGUUUCAUGGUUAUUUUGGAUCAGCUCGGGUCUAAAGUUUGGGGUCAGCUGAUUGAUCCUGUCCAAGCCUUUCAAACCAUAAUCAACAGUGUGAGCUACAACAAUGAAAUCAAGAAUAUUCGCAGUAGCUUUAGGAGGACAAAAUCUGAACCAGAGUCAGACUACGGUGAUGACAUGAUUUCUUGCAGUCAGAUUGUUUAUAAUUAUAACACAGAAAAGCCUCAAAAGGACACUGGCUGGAGGGCUGCCAUUUGCCCAGAGUACUGCCCCAACAUGUAUGAAGAUAUGCAGACCCUGGCUAACAUGCUUCAGUCUGACAUUGGCAGAGACAUGCGUGUCCAUCACAGCACAUUCCUCUGGUUCAUCCCUUUUGUUCAGUCCCUUAUGGAUCUCAAGGACUUGGGUGUAGCCUAUAUAGUAGAGGUCAUCCACUACCUCUGCUCAGAAAUCAAAGAUAUCCUCAUCGAAAGAAUCCAGCAGUGCGACAAAAUCUCCGAGUUCUUUCUCCUCAUCUUGGUGUCCAUUGUUGAGCUGCACAGAAGGAAGAAGUGCCUGCAUUUGCUGUGGAUCAGCUCCCAGGAGUGGGUGGAGGCGGUGGUGAGGUGUACCACGCUCCCAAGCAGAGCGUUCACUCGGUGCAGCGAGAAGGCGCUGGGGCUGUGUGCGAAGGGCUCGGGUGCAGGGUCUUUCCAGGCCCCCAGCUCGGUGCAGCAUGCCUGUGUGCAGCUCAUCCGCAGCCUGCUCAAGGAGGGCUACCAGAUCGGCCAGCAUGCCCUGUGCAAGCAGUACCUGGACAAACUCAACCUCCUCCUGCGGGGAAAUCGAGCUGUGGGGUGGCAGCUGAGCAGCCAGGAAACCCAGGAGCUGCAAAUGUGUUUAAAACAAGUUAUAAGAAGUAUAAAAGGCAAAGCACUGAGCACCUCUUUGGUUGGAGGAAGCAGUUCAAACUCAACAGCUUUGCCAACUGGCUCUAUAAAGCACGAGAGGAAUGCGUGUGAUGAUGGAUACAAGACAAGUGGACAUGACAGGGAGGACCUUUAUUCCUCAUUUGUCACGUCAAAGGAAGGCAGAGAUUGUCCAGAGAACCCUUUCCAUAGGAGAAAGAAUGCCUGGGAAGAGGAAUGUAGAGAUGCAGGUAGAAGUUCAACAUCUUGCACAUCCACAGAAGGCCUCUUGAUGAAUAUUAAAAAGGAACAUGAUGAUUUGACAGCUCAGGAAUUUGUCUUCCCUCAGAACUCUUCAGCAACAAAAGUAUGUGGGAAAGUUCAGGAAAAUAGGAGCUAUGAUCUUGUGCCGGGGAAAUGCAAUACAGAUGAUCAAUUCUUCAAUUCAAACACUCAUCCUUCAGAUUUCAGGAGAGGCAGAGAGUUUGAAAUGAAACACAAAGCAGAACUCAAAACACCACCGUAUCUGUGUGCACAAACUCAUCUUGAUUGCCCCUCUUCAAGGAAUUGUAAAAGUUUGCAAGAGACAAGUGCUAACAGUGAGUUCCAGUCCAGACUGGUCCCCACUAAACAGGCAUCCAAGGAAGCAUCCCUAGAUUCCUCUAAUUCCUCUAGAAAUAAACCUGGUGUGCAGGGGAAGGAAGAUGACAGUACUUUGCUUGUAGGGCGUAAUGACACCUCACUGAAUAAAGUAUCAACAGAAGAAAAGUCAGGUUCAUCGUUGCUGUCUUCCUUUAAGAGAAACACUAAUGUGCAAACUUCAAACCAGGAGCAGCCUAAUUUAAAUGAUUUGGAUAAAUAUGAUUGCAAAAAUCAAUUUUUGGAGACCUCUUGUAGGGAUAAAAUCCCAACAUAUGGUUAUUUUCCAUUGAGCUCUGAAAACAAGAGGAAUAUGAUCAGGCCACUGUCAGUGAAGUGUGAAUCAAGUGACAGGUUGUUUGAGUUUUCAGAAUAUUUCAAGAGGGAAAACAGUUCCAUGGGGAAGAAAGAGGAGGAUUUUGUGAAGACAGUUUCCAAAGAUGACACUUUAUCAGACGCCCAGGUUGAUAGAGAACUCAGUAAAUUAUCUUUAGCUGCUUAUGCCAAAAGUGUCAAUUUUCCUGUUGAAUCCAACCAGGAAAGCUCAGUGUACCACAAUGUGUCUGAGAUUAAAAGGAAAGUGAAAGGUUCUGUAAGAUCUUCCAAUGAAGGCCAAAGUACCAGGUGUCCCAGUGGUGCAGAUGGCCCUAACAAUCAAGUCAUUGUCAUUUCGGACUCUUCUGAUGAAGAAAAAAGCAUGGCUGAGAAGGAGGAAAUAAAAACCAAGAAUGAAAAUGUAUGUGCAGAGCCAUCUUCAACUUCCAGCAACGUUUCUGAUAGUGACAUUAAGAGAGAAUCCAAGUCUCCAGGCUCUCCCAUGUUACUGGAUGACUGCGAUUCUCAGUACUUUGAAUUUGAAACAGAAGCUGAGGUUUUUUCGGCUUGGCAAGAUACUCAAGCGUAUGCUGUGGAAACAACUCAGGAGUAUAAACAAGAUCAUGUUUCACCAGCAGCUGAGACAAGUAAUUCAGAUGACUGCCUGAACAAUGACUUAAAUGACUGGGGCUAUGAUCUGUAUUACUUUAGUGAUGACACCAUGGAAGAAGCAACAAGCUCAAUAGAAAAGCAGACAGAAGAUACUUCUCAUCAGAAAGAAGCUGGUGGUACAAAAGAAGUGACUAAUUCAACUUUGGAAGAAUCAGUUGGAAAGGAAGAUGCAAAAGGUCAACUGGAGAAAGGUGCAGACAAAGGUGUUGCUAAAGGCUUCACUCCAGACUCAAAAUUGCCUGAACCCACAGCUUCUACAUCUCCCAUCUCAUUAGCUUCAAAGUUGGCCCUUAAGAAAAAUAGCACAAGCCCGCAGAAGCCCACAGCAAAAUGUAAAUCGGCACCGGCUGUUCAGAGAAGUCCUAAAAAACCUCCCGUUGUUAAAACAGCCAAAAAUAAACCACUCCAAAGCAUGACAGAACGUUCUCAGCCUGGCAGGUCACUGCCUGCUGUGGUUCCUCCAAGGAAGGUUCGGCAGAGUCCUGCUCCAUCAUCGACUGUGGAAAAGCUUGGCCUGAAGAAGGGCCCCCGCAAGGCAUUCGACUUGUCCCAGCCCUCCCUGGAGAGCCUGGCUCAGUUGCGCAGCCACGGCAAAGCUGCAGGCAGGAUUGGAGUUGCACAGAAGAAGAGGACCAAACAGAUCGAGGCUCAGCGUUUGUCUGUAAAACGUAAUAAAAAACUGCUCAUCUGCCAAGACCAGAAGUAUCCAAGGCAGACAAGGUCCAAAAGAAGUGUGAAAAAUCCUGCGGGAAGUUCGGAGAGCAGAAACAAAGUUAUCAAAGUGUGUGUGAAACCUGUGGAACAAAAGCCUCAAGGUUUUGAACUGGCAGCUAUUAAAGAAUCUGUUCAAAACCAAAGGGAGAAAAAAAGAGAAGAGACUGCUUGUCCUUCCACCAGCGAGGGAAAAUUUGAGAGCCUCUCUGUGGAGGAUAUGGCAAGUGCCUCUAAAAUGCCUCAUUCUUCAGACUGGAACAGAAAAUGGGAGGGUAACAGUGUGGUGGUUCCUCCUGUCCCUAUGGAUUCAAGUCUCUCUUCCACUGCACUUGGAGAUGAUAAAGAUGAGUCUUCAGGAAAAGGUUGCACUGUCCUGCCUGGGGGUGAGAUGAAAACAUCGAGGCAAAAUGGGUGUAAAUCAGAUGAAAGCAGUGAUGAAGGAGAUGAUAAUCUGUUUUUAACCCAGUUAGAUCCUGUGGACAUGGAGUUAUGUUCUCAGGAGGAAAGUGUUCAAGAUGCUGCUAUAGGUAGUAAGACUCCAGAGGAAAUGGAUGUUGAGGAAAGCCUUCAGCAGAGUGAACCCUCAGCUGUUGUGAAAUGUAAGGACAAAGACUGUAUGGAACAGGUGGAAAAGCCUGGAGAAUACUGCAGUAAACACCCAGCCACUGACCCAGGGGCAGAUCAUGUGUUUGCCAAGCCUUCUCUCCCACCACCUAAAACAAGGAAGCCUUCCACUAUCAAAAUUUUCAGCUCAUCAAGUUCUUCACGGAAUGCAGCCUUCAGCAAAGAUCUUGAAGAUGUCAGAAAGUUGCCCCCACCUUCAAAAAACAAAGUGAACGCGUCCAAACCAGUGGUGGUCAGGCCACCACUGUAUCCAAAACCAGCACCAGCAGGAAAUCCAACAUGCAGAUCUCCAAGUUUCAGUAAUGUACCUCAACCCCUUGGUUCCAGUAAUGUUCUCCAGUCACAAAAUAGACAGUAUGACAAUGCUUUAAAUAUUUACAGAGAGCAUGGCCAAGAAACCUACUCCUCUUUUCUUGGUGCUCAGCAGCGUGAUUACAGCAUUUUUGUUAACCAAGUCUUAAAGUGGACUUAUGAAAUGUUUGCAAACUUCAGCCUCUUUGGAACUCCGAAUAAUCUUCUGCAGUCCAUAGUAGCCUCUGUUCCUGUCCAAUUUCAAGGCUACAAUGAGUACUUUAAUACAUUUUUUCCUUUGAUGAUGCUCAACGCUUUUGAAACACUGGCACAAGAAUGGGUGGAAAAUCAAAAAGCGAGAGAGAAAGGUUACUGCUUCUACUUACAGAACUUUUCUGCUGACAUGAAUACAGCACAUUUUACAGCUCAUCUACGAGAGAGUGAUUUGGCAAGGCAGCUUCAUCCGAAGGAGGAUGACUUAAUCCUUUUGGUGGUCCACAAAGAGAAGGACACUUUUGGGGAAGAAAGUGGGAUGGACAGCCACAUAGUGAAUCAUGUUGGCCUUGUGACACGAUUUUCUCGUGCAUCUGGCUACGCAAAUAGACAAAAAGAGCAGCAAACUGCCUGUCAUCUUACUGUGCAAACCCGAGGCAAUUUGUCAUUCUUCAUCCAUAAGCAAGUGAAGUGUGUGGUGGUUGGCUCCCUGGUGACCACACACAGAAAGUUCAAAGGUUUGCUGCUGCUGAGCAGGAGCCCCCUGGCUAAACCCAUCAUAAAUCCAAGUUACAAUGACUUCUGUCCCAGAGAUCUGCCUGUUGCCUCAGGAAGUGCUGCUUCACAUAUGAAUGAAUACAAUGAAGAUCAAAAGAGAGCCAUUGAGACAGCUUAUGCCAUGGUAAAACAACACCCAGGACUUCCCAAGAUUUGCCUUAUCCAUGGACCACCUGGGACAGGAAAGUCAAAAACUAUUGUAGGACUCCUGUCCCGUGUUUUGAGAGAAAACACUAGGAAUGAGAAAACAGCUCGGAAAAAAAAUUCCAAGAUUAAGCCAAACCGUUUUCUAGUUUGUGCACCAUCAAAUGCUGCUGUUGAUGAACUCAUGAAAAAGAUCAUCAUUGCAUUUAAGGAAAAAUGCCAAAACAAACAGGAGCCUUUGGGAAAUUGUGGUGAUAUCAAAUUAGUGCGACUUGGUGCUGAAAAAUCAAUCAACAAUGAGGUCCGGGGAUUCAGCCUGGAUAAGCAAGUUGAACACAGAAUGAAACGAAAGCCGGGUGACUGUGACCAGGACAUUCAGAAGAAGAAGGAAGCUCUGGACCAGAAGCUGGACAUGCUCUCUCGAGAGCGUGCCAUGCACAAAUGUGAGAAGAGAGAGAGUCAAAUGUUAAAUGAUGAAAUUGGCAGACUUGCAAAGGAGAGGCAACAACUCGCUUCUCAGCUAAAGGAGGUUCGGGGGCACUCCCAGAAAGUGCAGGCAGACAUCAUCCUGGAGUCUGACAUCAUCUGCUGCACACUGAGCACCAGCGGGGGGAGCCUGCUGGAAUCUGCUUUCUCCCGGCAGGGCCUUGACCCCUUCAGCUGUGUCAUCGUGGACGAGGCAGGGCAGUCCUGUGAGGUGGAAACACUGAUUCCACUGAUCCAUCGCUGUAAUAAACUUGUCCUCGUUGGAGAUCCCAAACAGCUCCCUCCUACUGUCAAAUCAGUAAAAGCUCAGCAGUAUGGCUAUGACCAGUCUCUGAUGGCCCGUCUGCAGAGGCACCUGGAGGAGCAAGUGCAGAGGAAUGUGCUGUGCAGCCUGCCUGUGGUGCAGCUGACUGUGCAGUACAGGAUGCACCCAGAUAUCUGCCUCUUCCCAUCCAACUAUGUUUAUGGCAGGACUCUAAAAACUGCCAAGGCAAUAGAGGAGAACAGAUGUUCUUCAGAGUGGCCAUUCCAACCCUACCUGAUUUUUGAUGUAGCUGAUGGUCGUGAGGAGCGAGACAAUGAAUCUUACAGCAAUCCUCGGGAAGUGAAACUGGUGAUGGAGUUAAUUAAAACAAUUAAAGAAAAAAGGAAGGAUCUGGGCCUUCGUCGCAUUGGAAUAAUUACCCCUUACAGUGCACAGAAAAGGAAAAUUCAGGAACAACUGGACAGUGUAUUCAAGAAUAACAGCCCAGGAGAAGUGGACACAGUGGAUGCAUUCCAGGGCCGAGAGAAGGACUGCAUCAUCGUGUCCUGUGUGCGGGCUAACAGCUCCGAGGGCUCCACUCUGGCAUAUGUGCAGGCAAACAGCACCAAAGGAUCCAUUGGGUUUCUGGCGAGCCUCCAACGACUGAAUGUCACCAUCACCCGAGCCCGCUUCAGCCUCUUCAUCCUGGGCCGGCUGCAGACACUCAUGGAAGAUAAAAACUGGAAUCACUUGAUUCAGGAUGCUCAGAAAAGAGGUGCCAUUAUUAGGACAACAGAAAAAAAUUACAAGAAAGAGGCUCUGAGGAUUUUGAAGCUCAGGCCACCAGGGCAGCCCCCAGCCAAAGGAGGGACGAUGACAUCUCCUGUGCUGCAGGCUGGUUCUUCCAGUGGCAAGAGGAGCGAGCCUGGAAAUUCUGGGAACAGCCCACAGGAACUUGCUGCUGGCCCUGGCCAUGCAGUGCCCCAAGGAAGCCGAGGGCCCACACAGCCUGCAGUGGCUGCAGCUGCAGAUUCCAGGAGGGGCAGUGCCCCUGCAUCUGGGGCAGCUCCAGCUGCAGAUUCCAGGAGGGGCAGUGCCCCUGCAUCCAUGGGGGCUGCAGCACUUGCUGCCAUUCCAGAGAAACCACGGGACCCAAGGCUGGCAAGCCUGGCCAGUCGAACUGAAGCCAAAGGCACGGAGCAGCCCUCGAGAGAUGGCCAUCGGUCAGCCCAGAGCAAUCCAGGAUCAACACCACAGCAAGGCCUGGAUGUGUCCUCAGCUGCCAGGGAUCACAUUUGCAGAACAGAAAAUGCCAAGAAGGCCCAGCAAACAGCAGGACAGUGCAGUUUGCUUCCCACAGCCCCUCACACAGCUCAGCACGAGUGUGACUGGAGAGCAGCUGUGUCCAAAAGCGGUUCCAAAGCUCCCAGUGAAGGAGGUCAGAGCAGAAGCCAUGAGUGGAACAAAGACUCUCGUGGUUUACCAAGGAGACCAUCCCAGGAAUCACCAGAGAACACAGAAUCAAGCUCUGCCAAGAGAAGAAAGAUUUUUCCCUGACUUUACUAUCUGCUCAUUACCAAAAAUCUAUUCCCAGAUUUCUGUCUAGCAAGGACUCUGUUUUAAAUUAUUUAGCACAGCUGGAACUCCCUUAUAUUGAUACCACUACUGUCAGUAGAUCUCUUUCCCAUCCUGUCCCUAAUUGUGAAGGGAUUUAAUACCUGACAGAUGGUACCUUUGAGGUUUUGAAAAGAGAAGUUGGGUAGCUGCAUUGCUUGGAAGAGCAGUGGGUUUAGUUAUCUAGGAAGCUGAGGUUGUAAAUGUUUAACAGUGUAUAUUUGUACAGUAUACAGAAUUAUUUUAAGAUUUUUGGCAAAUACGUAGCUUCUUGUUUCCUUGUGUAAAUGCUAAUUUCUUAGAGAUGUAAUUUUUUAUGAAGAACCAGAGUAAAGCAAAAACAAAACCCAACAACCCAACCCCAAUAUCCAAAAGACAGACUUCUUUUCCCUUUGCACUAAUAUAUCUAAUUUAUUUCAUGGCAAAACUGAAUGUUGAAAAUGUGGUAGCAGUGGUUCUUGCUCAUGCUCCACUACUGCCUAAGGGAAGAGUGAGGCAGAUGUACAUUGGUUAAAUGGAGAGAAUUCUACUUAUUUUGUAUAUUUUAUUGCCUGUUUUUAUAGGAACAGAAGAGUUUUUGUUUAUACAAACGUGCCUUGAGUUUUGCUCUUGCUGCUGCUUUAUCAGUUGGGAUCCCUUUCUUGUUGCAGUGGCAAUAAUCUGCAGAUUAAAACCUGUGAGGUCUCUUUGGUCCCAUUGUGUGUCCUUGUGAGGAGGAAUCAACAGCACUGUGGAAUCUUGGUCCAAGAUCUAGUUAACACUUAUUGCUAAUAUCACUUGAGUUUCUUUGUAUGGAGCUUUUGGAGAUCUACAGGGAUAAAAAGGGCAGAUAGUUCUUUGUAGGUGUUACUGCUGGAUUCUUUCCACUGUGCUGAUGAAGAAUAUGCAGCCAGGAAAAGAGGAUGGCGAAAAAACAAAUUCUUUUUAAGAAAACCUUCCUCACAUCAUAACAUUUCUCAAUAAAAGUGGAAUUAUUUCUACUAGGAAUUCCUUUGGGUCACUGUGAAAUAUCACUUUGUUUUCUGGAGCUUGUGUGUCUUGGGAGGUGAAGAGCAGCAUUUUACAUGCACUGAGUUUUGUGUGGAGUUAACUGAGAGUGCAGGUCUCAGGGAAUGCAGGAGCUGCAGGGUUGGUACCAGUUGGGUGCAGGGAGUGAGCCAGGUUGUGCCAUCUCCAGGUGUGUGUUCAGGGACAGCCUGAAGCAGGGAAUGUCCUGCUGUCCCUUGUCACAGCGUUGUGGCAGUGGCUUUGCUGGAACAAGUGAGCCACAGUUUAGCUGUGAUCUUCAGUUCCAUUUUCAUUACUGCAGGGAUAAUUCCAGCUUUGUCCUUUGAACCCACUGCCAGGCAGGGCUGUGUGGUCCAGCUCAGGGAGACACCAGUGCCUUACUCUGCCAAGCACCAGGUGCUGCUUCAGGCUGUAAUUGCCAGGAAGACUCAUCCCUAAUGCAUCCAAGCCCAGAACAAACGUGCUUUACUGGUAGGUCUGCCUUGGAGGUGUGUGGGGAGGCUUUUAUUGCUGGCUGGGCCUGUCCAGCUCAUUGUGCUGUGCAGGACUGAGUGUUUCAAUGUAAUGGGGAGAAUCUGAGAGAUCCCUGUGAGGUGAGAUCAGCAUCUGUGCAUUGUUCAGCUUUAGUUAUUUGUUAUGUUGCAUUCUGAAUCCUUCAGAGAUCCCUGACUCCUCCUGGCAGCCCUGUGUGCUCCUCUCCAGCUGCUGUGACUCUUAGGAGGCUGCUGAGUGACUCUGACCUUAACACACUGGACAUUUCAGUCACUCCCCAUCACAGACUCCAUACCCUUUGUCUUAUUUCCCUUUAUGUUAAUAGGAACAUUUAAAAGCUGUCAUUUUCCAGGCCCCUCAGCUCUUGUUGGCAGAGCUGUGCUGCCCUGCCUGCUGUUUGUACUUAGCACAUUAAGAGGCUGCUGCUCUGGAAACCCCACGGCUGUGCAAGCCAUUUCGGACUGUCUUGAUGUAAAUAAAGUGAAGCUGGCAACAAAGUGAAUGAGGGAAUGCUUUUCUGGUUAUUAAAUACAAUUUGGUCACAAGAAUA